UUUCUGUGCCAUCCAAUCACAUUUGAAUGUCAACAAGCGCCGCGGGAUAACUCCGCCCCCUAUUGCAAAACAAGUAAAAGCCUCGUGGUGAUGGCGGAAGGUGGGAGCGGUAGCAAGUGUGGUGAGACAAACUUGUGUGAGGAGGAACUGGUUUCCAAAAAAAAAAUGCCCGUCUGCUAUUUGGAAGUACUUUGGAUUCAGGAGGGAUGACGUACUGCAAACUCGGGUACUUUGCAAGACAUGUAAAACAGUGGUGGCAGCUACCAACGACAGGGCAGAACGGCGAGUAGAGAGGCCAUGGAACGUACAUGGACGAUGAAAAACUCACUGCUUCGGUGGCUGGAGAGGUGGAACGAGUCAACAAACUCAUUUGUGUGAGGCCACUGAAGACAAGGUUCAAUGGUGAAGUCGGUGAUGUGGUUGUUGGCCGGAUCACUGAGGUGCAGCAGAAACGCUGGAAAGUGGAGACGAACUCUCGACUGGACUCUGUAUUGCUUCUGUCUUCGGUCAAUCUUCCUGGAGGAGAGUUGAGGAGGCGAUCUGCAGAAGAUGAACUUGCUAUGAGAGACUAUCUUCAAGAAGGGGACCUCAUUAGUGCAGAGGUACAGUCUGUGUUUUCAGAUGGAGCCCUCUCUCUUCACACGCGCAGCUUAAAAUACGGCAAGCUGGGUCAGGGUGUACUCAUGCAAGUAUCACCUUCGCUCAUCAAGAGACAGAAAACCCAUUUCCACAAUCUGACUUGUGGAGCAUCCAUUAUACUAGGGAACAACGGCUAUAUUUGGAUUUACCCCACACCGGGGCAACAGGAUGAAGAGGCAGGAGGGUAUUACACAAGCCUGGAGCCCGUCCCUCUUUCAGACCGGGAGGUCAUUUCUCGAGUGAGGAACUGUUUACUGGCUCUGGCAGCUCACAAAGUGAUGCUGUAUGACACCAGCAUUCUCUACUGCUAUGAAUCCUCUCUGACACACCAGAUCAAAGACAUCUUGAAACCCGAGAUCAUGGAUGAGAUCGUGAUGGAAACACGGCAACGACUUCUUGAGCAAGAGGGUUAAAAUGCUCGCAGUCAACAACAUGAGUCUUGUAAAAGGAUUCAAAGACCAAGACUUGCCUUUUUAUCUUUUUGAAUAGAAACCAAAAAGACUCAUGGAUGACAUCACGACGUUCCCAGUAACACACUGAUGUUCACCUCUAAAGGAAACUGUAUUCUUUUUUUUUUCUUCCCCCUCUUCCUGUUUUAUUGAUCUUCUCUUGCUUGUAUUAAUUGCCAUCUCUGAGAUUCAUUCUGAGACACAGAUCAGUCUCGGGUUUGGGUUCCUCGUACUGCAAAAAAAUGUCUAAAGGUGUAGAAUUGUCUAUAAGCAUUUCAAAUAUGUGACCAAAUGACAUGAAGUUUAAAACCACCACCUUUAUCUUCCUAAAUCUGCUUGUGUAGCUUCACAGUAGAAAUGUCAGUCGCAAUAUAUGAGUAUUGCGUAUUAUAGCAACAGUAAAAUUGCAUUUAAAGGGAAGGGAAGGAGGAGCCCUGAAAGACAACUAGUUUUAGUGAAUAGCUAAAGAAAUACACUCACCAGACACUUUAAUAGGAACUUGUUCUCGAGUCUAAGAUCCCUGUUCUUGGCUGCAGGAGUGGAACCCGAUAUGGUCUUCUGCUAUUGCAGGCUGAGAUGCUUUUCUGCUCAGCACGGUUGUAAAGAGUGAUUAUAUGAGUUGCUGUAUCCUUCCCGGCAGCUCAAAGCAACCUGGCCGUUUUCCUCUGACCUUUUCUUCUCAGCAAGCCGUUUGUUUCCACCCACAGAAACGUCGCCCACUCCCUUGAUGUUUUUUUGUUUGUUUGUUUGUUUUUCGCACCACUCUGUGUAAACUCUACAGACUGUUGUGUGUGAAAACCCCCAGGAGAUUUCCCAGCAGUUUCUGAAAUGCUCAAACCAACACCCAUGCUACAGUGAAAGAAAGUCACACUUCGAGAUCACAAUUUUUCCCGUUCUGAUGUGUGAGCAUUAUCUGAAGCUCUUGAUUUGUAUUUGCGUGAUUUUAUACAUUGUGCUGCUGUCAGAGGGGUUGGCUGAUUAGAGAACUGCAUACAAUAGCAGGUGGAUGGGUGUAAAUUAUUCAACACUGAAACACAAGUUUGUUGGGUAUUAAGUUAUCACGAUAUCGGGCUAUGAUAUCGCCCUGACUUACAGUACAGUAACAAAUGUAGUGGUAUCUGUUUACUGGCAAAGAUACACUGAUGUUUUUUUCCCCAUAUGAAAAAGGAUACUAAUCUCUGAAGGGACAAACUUAGCUUUGUUUGCUGAUACGUUUGAAAAAUUCAGGGGAGCAUUCUACAAAAAUGUUGUGUAUGUAUUAUGUGUAAAUGUUGACUGAUUGAUAUUUUGACUGAAUUCAGUUUUUUUGCGAUUUUCUCACGAGUGGCACGUCAAAAUGUUUGCGUGGUAAUUGCACACAGUCAGUCUCCACACCAAGAUGUGAAUACACAUGCAGUAGAUAGAGAUUAGAUCAAAUAUGCUGAGGUGAUUUUUUAUUAUUAUUAUUAAUAUCCUAUCAAAUAGUAAAGGCAUAACUGUACUCUCUUUCCAAAACUGUGCGCCAGUAUACAUAGAGGAUAUUACACAGUUGUACGAAGAUAUGAAGUUUAACUUCGAGUAGUGAAUAUAUACAGUUGUGGACAGAAGUUUAUAUACAGUGACAUGAAUGCCAUCUUGGAUAUGAACGUCAUGGCAGUAUUUGGGCUUUCAGUAAUUCCUUUGAACUGUUCUUUUUCUGUGGCAGAAUGAUUGUACAGCAUACAUCUUUUAAUUAAAAAAAACAAACAUGAA